AAGCGCGUGUAUGCGCCCAGGACUUAUGCCGUCGCCAAAAGGUAAAUAUUGUCUUUUUCUUUUCUGCGACUGGAAUUUGGACAAAAAAGGAUUUUCGGAAUAGGGAGGCGUGAGUGUGCACUGUUACACAGCCUCGAAAACAAUCUCGAUUGUUAAACAGGACGAAUGCAACCUCGUGCAGCUUAACAGAAAAAAAUGGGCAUUUGCGAUAUAAACAGGAAUUGCAUAGAUAUAUUGACCGAACACCUCGCUAAUGCAUCAUGCAUGGAAUACACACCUAUUUUGCAACAUCCUUUUGAUUUUAUGUAGCAAGCGCUCGACUAAAAUCGGCGCAUCGCCGCUGGCGUGGAUCCAAAAGGUGCUCAGCAUUCCGGACGACGUGAUUAUUGCGCGGGUGGGUCUGGAUACAUACAUGUUUUUGCGCUACAUGCGCUCAAUGUUUAUCAUUUUUACCGUGCUCGCCCUGCUUUCGGUCGUAGCCAUUAUGCCCGUCCACAUCACUGGCGGCGAAGGUGAAGAGGGAAUCAACGUUCUUAACAUGAGUAACUUGCCACAGGAUAGCAACAAGGUAUGGGUGCACAUUAUUUUCUUCAUGGUUUUUGUCGUGUGGGUAAUGCGAAUCAUCUUCACCGAGCUCAAGGUGUACACCCGUCUGCGCCUGUGGUGGCUGACCAACCACGCCCACUCGUCCAAGGUCGGUGCAUCGACGGUCAUGGUCUCGUCACUGCCAGACACCCUGAUCGAGCGUGAGGACAAGCUUCAUUCCAUGUUUAACAUAUUCCCAGGAGGCGUGCGCCAGAUCAUUGUCAACAGAGACUGCUCAGAGCUGGCGGAUAUCGUCGAGAAGCGCGACAAGUACGCGGUCAAGCUCGAGAGCCUGAUGACCAGCUACGCAGUCAACUGCGAGAAGGCACACAAGAAGGCCAUCAAGAAGGGAUCUGCGUACGUGGAGCCCAAGCGCCCGAUGAUGCGCGAAAGCAAGGUUCCUUUCAAGGGCCCCAAGCUCGACGCUGUCGAGUUCCUGUCGACUGAGAUUGCAAAGCUCAAUGAGCAAAUCGCUGAGAGUGGUAACGAUGCGUCAAAGUUCAAGCCACAGUCAUCGGCAUUCGUCCUGUUUCGCAAGCAGAUUGCCGCCCACAUGUCAGCGCAGACCGUGCUCGACUACAAGCCAUUCUCGAUGAACGCAGUCUCGCUGGACGUCAACCCUGACGAUGUCAUCUGGAGCAACCUCAACAUGAACCCGUACAACCGCCGGAUUCGCGGAUACAUUUCGUCUGCAUUUACAGUCGGUCUGGUGAUUGCGUGGACCUUCCUCACCUUUGCUGUGACGGGUCUGGUCAGCAUUAAAAAUCUGGAGAAGAUUUUCAAGGUGAAGAUGCCCACAAGCGGUUUAUUUGGCAUUUUCACUGGUAUUGUGCCCUCGCUUGCCCUCGUCGUUCUCAUGAUUUUGCUCCCGAUCUUCCUGCGCUUCUUGCUGCGUAUGGAGGGCACCCCGCGGGUCAGCGAAGUCAACCUGCGCCUGCUCAACCGGUUCUACUUCUUCCAAGUGUGGAACAUUUACUUUGUCACGAUCUUUUCCACAGCGAUUAUUUCCAUUGGCAAAGAUGCUUUCGGCGAUCCGAGCAAGAUUCCCGAGCUCAUCUCGACCCAAGUACCAAAGGCGUCGAACCCAAUUCUCACAUACGUGCUGCUGCUGGCGUUCACCGGAGCUGCCAACGAGAUUAUCCAGGUCGCGCCGCUGGCCAUGCGCUACAUCAUGCCCAUGCUCUUUGCCAAGACACCCCGCGCAAUUGCCGAAGCUGAGGCACCAGCAGAGUUUGACUGGGCCACAAGCAUCCCGACUCACUCGCUGAUAUUCUUGAUGGGCUUGUCGUACUCGUUUAUCGCGCCGCUGGUCAACAUCUUUGUCGCCGUGUACUUUGGCUUGUUCUACUUGGUGUACCGGUAUCAGUUUUUGUAUGUUUAUAACGACACAAACUGGGUCACUGGAGGCCUGUCGUACCCCAAGUCAGUUUCGCAAAUGAUGACUGGCGUGUACAUCUCGGAGGUCUAUUUGCUGCUGAUGAUGGUAGCCAGGGUAAACAGCAGUGCCAACGCCAUUAUCCGCAUCGUGUUCUGUGGGCUUAUUAUUCUGUGCACCGUCGGCACGCACUUGUACAUCAAAGAUGCGUACAUGCCCAUUAGCAACUUUUUGCCUGUCCGCGGCGCCGCCGAAAUCGAGGAGAAUCCCAGCGCCUCUGACAGGUUCCCGGACAUUGGCGGCGACCGCGACAUGUUCGAGAGCGCAUCGGACGCAUCGGACGGCAACUCGGCCAUAGAGUCUGACAGUAAGGGCCGCAGCCGCAUCUAUGCGCUGUACGGGUCGCUGGUUCCCAAGAAGCUGAUUGACUACGUGCUGACCAAGAUGCCCAGCAUUCUGCACUCCAGCAGUAGCGCGGGGAGCCCGAAUCCCGACACUACCCCCUCGAGCAGCGACGACGUGGCCGAGGAGGAGAUUGCUGGCGAGCACACAGACAAGCCCUACAGCAGUAUGCCAAUGCCCACAGCCCACCACUACUCCGUCUCUGGCGACGUGGCCGUCAGCGCUGCCGACAGGCCCACCAGCGCCAACACCAAUAUCUUUGCCACCGAUUCAAUCGUCCCUCUUGUGCCGAACAACCCCGAUGCUAUGCCCACGAGCCCCGACAGCCAGAUGUAUCUGGACAGCGGCGCGCCAGACACCUCGCAGAGCAUUCACUCGUACUCGUCAAAGACCGAACUCCGGCAGCGUCGCGUGGCCGCCGAAGGAUUCUCGAGUGCUUCGGCUGUGAGGCGCAGCCGCUACGAUACGCCCGAAACCCGCCUGUACGCCGAUGCCAAUGACAACGCGCUGGCCGAGGCGUUUGCGAACCCAGCCCUGCGCGCAAAGCCCAUUGUGAGCCUGUGGGUCCCCGUCGAUUCCAACGGGCUUUGCAACGACCUCUACUCCCAGGUGCGCCACUUGGGCGCGGGCACUAUUCGCGUCGUCACCAACGAUACGUUUAUUUGCGAGAAGGGAAGAGUUAGGGCCAAUGUUGAAUUUAUUCCCGAGGACUUUGUCUUUACCAGCGAGACUGAAAAGCCCGCGUCUGUGACUCCUCAGCAGUGAGCUCCAGCAGUUGUUUUGGUAACUUGAUCCGUAAUUUUGAACUUAAUUUUUUGUUUUUCUCGUAGCAUAUUUUUAAUCAUAUGCGCAGCGAUAUUUAACG